CUUGCACGUGCAGAGAUGAAGCACAUAUCACGUGUGACGAGUGCCUGUCGUGUGUGUUAAGUUAUUUGUAGGUCGUGAUUAGCUAUUUGGGUCGGCUUUAUUUAUCUAAUCCCUGUCCAACAGAAUAAUAUCAACCAAAGUCUGUUUUACAUACAUCACUAUAAAAGAUGAUGACAUUAAACGUUUCAUAUAUAUUGAAAUUUAUUUAAAGUAACCAAAAAUCGAUAGAUGAAAGUUAGAAACUCAAUGGAGAAGUAGCUUUAUGCCGAUUAUUCGAGAUCUAGGUAGGUGUAGAGGUUAACGAAGUAAUUGAUUAUUGAUUAUAUAUAUUAUAUUUAUAUUACAUAUUUUAAGAGUUUUUUGUAUUUAAUUAAAACUAUUUUUGAUGAAACAUUUAAAAUGGAAUAUAUAAAAAACUGGAGAAAAAACUUUCAUUUGUUUAUAAAAAAAGAUAUAAUUAAAGUAUUCACUUUAAUUUUAUUUUAUUUAACCAAUUUAUAUAAAUUUAGAUCGAUCAGACCGGUUUAAACGAGUUAAAUCGGUUUAUACUGUUUUAAAUCAAUUUAAAACAAUUUAAAUUAGUUUUUAAAAAUUAUUUCUGACCGAUUUAUGACUUAAGAGAUACUUAUACCGACUUUUAGAAUAUUGAAAAUCAUGUUAUUAAUAUGGAUAUUACAAAAUGGAAGAAACUUUAUUUCUAGAAGCCAUGUAAGAUUAAUUAUGCCGACAAUUAACAAAUUCGUAAACAAAACAAAGUCAGCUUCGCAUCCCAUGGUAAAGUUGAUAAGCUAAGUCAACCCCAACUAAUCAUAAAAUAAAACGUUGCUUACACCAUCUACCUUAUGUUUUUUUUUUUGCUUAUUUGUUGAGUUUUAAUAACAGUUGAAAAUUAAUAAUUGUUUUUCUUCGAUAGCGUAAAAGAAACAGGUAAUUCUCUUGGGAAACUUACAGUUUAUUUAAAAUCCACCUGUUGUUAUGUGUGUAAUGGAGGGCAGGUCCGUAGCUGUUUUCUUCCUAUACUUCUCAACAUUUUGACUAUUUAAUAUUCAGUUUGCAGUUAAUUAAUAAAUGUUUCUUAUACUAAUGUUUCUGACCAACCAACAAUAAUAUUAUAUAUAAUAAUUGUAUUUUCUAUGGUCAUUUCCAUAACUUUUUGUGUAUAUGUACAUGCUCAGAUAAUCCAAAACAUUUGCAUAUUAUAUCUUCAAACAAUACAAGAAACACAAUCCAAACAAAAACCGAACUUUUGUUUUCUAAAUGGUGAGAAAUUCAAUGAAGGCUGAGUACGAUCUUGAUCAUCUUCCUCAUCAAAGCUUCUAUGGAGAUAAUUCAAGAACUUUGGUUCCUAUGAACAAGAACUCCCAAAUAAUCACCAAGAUCAAGCGUAAGAUCCGUAUCAUCCAUAUAUUUGCACCGGAGAUUAUCAAUACUGAUGUCAAGAACUUCCGUACACUCGUCCAAAGUCUAACCGGAAAACCGGAGAUCACCAAAACGGGUUCUAAGAAAAAGAUAACGAGAACAAAUAUUCCUGCGCCACCGCCUCCACUUCAAGAAUCCAGGUUAGAACAUACGGCAGAGCCGGUCAACAGUUUCAUAGGGAGCCACGUGGUGAAGGAAGAAUGGGGAUCAUGUUCAAACACAAACACUUACUUUGAUUUAGAUGGUUUGAUUGACCUUGACGAAGAGAACAACAUGUUUUCAAGUCGAUGGUUUGAUCUUCAAGAGCAAUAAUAAACUAGUCACACUUUGCCCUAAUAUCUAGGGCUUCAACUAAAACGUCCCUAUUGGUUCUAAUGAUUUAAUUAUUCGUUCUAUUUGGGAUGUAACACGACAUGGUUUAAUGACACAGUGACAUCAUGAUGAACGAGGUUGACGACGAUCAUCAUAUAAGUAGUGGGUAUAUACAUAGUUUGUAUAGAUAUACACUUGUGAUUAUUUUGUGCUCUUUGAAUUAAUUAACUUGGUAGACUGACUUUGCUAAAAACUGGUGUAGCAGUGUAACACGUUGUAUUCACGCGUGCGUGUAUUAAUUCCUUUGAUGUAUUUGUGAUUGACUUUUGCGUGGGAAUGAAUGUGCUGGAAUUGUUUUAUUAAUUCGUGGGAAAAAGAAGAAGAUAAAUAUAUGAUUAUUGGAAUCAAGCAAAGCAAAAAAAGAAGACCUUACACGAUAACUAUAGAAUUCUGGAUGUCAAUAUGUGCUCGAUGGGAAUCUUAACUCCUUCCGGACAAUCCAACCAAACCCAAGGAACUCUUGGUUAAUGAACAACUUGAUCAAAAAGAGAGGUAUUGUCUACAACUGGAUAAAAUUGAGAGUUGGAAAUGGUAUCACCUGUCUGGACAGAUAAUUGAUCAUCAUUUGGCUGCCUCAAGAGUUAUUUCUACAAUGACUCUAACUUCUCUCUUCGGUUAGCGGAGGAUGCAACUCUCUCAUCUAUAUACAGAGAUGGCAACUGGAUUCUUCCUCAUGCUCGGUCGGAGAAACAACUGAAUCUUCAAUCAUAACUAACAACACUUUCUCUGACAGAGAAUGAGGAUUACUAUGAGUGGGGAGUGGAAGUGGACGGUGCAAUAAGCUCUAGAUACUCUACGGGUCAGGUCUGCAGUGCUCUAUAUGGACAAUGUUAAGCUAGAUGAACUUCCAAACUAAAACCAAUUGGUGAUAAGUGGAGUGACACAUCUAUCUUAUAUAUUACUAAAAAUCUCUUCUAACAUCCGAUGUGGGAACUUUGUGUCUAAUAUGCGCUAUCAUACCUGAUGACAAAGAAGCAUGUGAACGAGCCAUGGAAUUCAUGUUUGGAUGGUGAGUGUUUUUCUCAUCAAAAUAUAAAACACACACACGUUCUUGACUCAUGACCGGAUAUGAAAUUUAUGAGAUCAUAAAUAUUUUUAGGUUAAUCUCAAUAAAAUUUUAUUAACAAUUUGGGGACUAUACGACCUUAAUAAAAAUUUUUUUUUUUAAUUUAGGACCAUUGCGAAGGUUUCAUUCGGCUGUAUUGAGAACCAGCAUAUCUUGACUUAAGAAUAUAAACAUACCAUACUUUUUGUUAAUUUUCUAAUUUGGGGUUCUUUUGACUUCGUUGGAGAGAAGUAUUACAGUGCUUUAAUUUCUAUGUUAAAAGCAUUGCUGAAGUGGACCAUAAUACUCCCAAUUGGAGAUCAGACGCACGCAUUGAAUAGAAACAUAAGUAGCGUUUACAUAAUACAUAUAACUCGUAUCGUAUUAUAUAGGGUUUUUAUUCAUUUCUUGGCUCACAAGCUUCUUAAGGGUUUAUUAGUUUCUAAAGGCUUUUGGUUACCGAUUUUGUGGUCUUACAAGUUUUAUAUCAAUUGAAACAGAACAAAACAAAGCAGGACAGACAUUGGGAGUAAGAGGUGGUUCAGAAUGAGUCUUUCUAUACCCACAAGGGCUUUGAAAAUUUCUUACUUAGGCUAAAAAUAAAUACGAAAGCCCAAAGUUCAUGAUCCCUGAAAACGGUAAUAAUUUCAUACGAAGCUCUUCCAUGAUAGUUUAUACUCAUUUGUUUCUUGGAAUAUGGUUUACUAACUCUCUCUCUCUCUCUCCUCUUUUUGCUUCAGGACAUUGUGAUAUGGAUUAUGAGGAAAAAAUAAAGCUUUCUAACUUGAUGGAUCUCCAAAGGACAGAGUACCACAAGAAACAUCUCCAAAGCAUCCAACAAGCCAUCCAGUAAGUUUCUUCACAUACAAGAAACUGAUGAUAAAUGUUUUUUUGCUCAGGGAGGAUGGAGUUGAACUGUUGAAGUUGAAGGAUACUUUGCAUGGUCGUUACUAGACAACUGUGAAUGGAACGCUAGUUAUGGAGUCCGAUAUGGCCUCUUCUACGUCGAUUACAACAACGGGCUAAAACAUUUCCCAAAAAUGUCUGCAAUGUGGUUCAAAGAGUUCUUGAAAAGAGAAGAAGAGAUUGAAGAAUCUGAGAAGGAAGAGUACUUGUUGAAGUCUGCAAUUAAGAAGAAGAGAUUCUUAUAAGCAACUGGUUCGGCUUCAUGUUUUAUCCCUAAGAUGUCUAAAUCUUAUAAAGCCCUCGAACUAUUUUUCUAGAUUAAUUUGUUGUGUGAAAAGCUUUGAAGCAAAGUAGAGUUUAAACAGCCAGGGCUAAGAAUUCUUUGCGGAUAUAAAACUUUGUUCCCUUUUUAGUCUUCUUUGUUAUACAAUCAUUCUUAAAUUAAAAUCAACUGAAAUAUUAUCAAAGCUAAAACAAAUAGUGCAUCAGCACUACCAUGGUAAACUACGACAAUAUAUCUUUUUAUUUUCCGGCGGAAAUAUAAAUAUCGACAUUCUUUAAAGAUGAUUGAGCAAUAAUAUAUUUAUAUAAAAUUAUAGAUAAGCUAUCCUCUUUUUGAAAAGAUGGGAGAAAGUCGACAAAGAGAUGGGACAAAGUCGAAAACAAGAUGGGCUAUAGAUCUCUAAUUCUUAAGAUAAUGUUAUGUUUCUUCUACUGAUUUUAUAGGAUAAGGUUUCUUGAAACAAUUGUAAAAUCAAUGUAGAUAUAUACAUACAACUACUAGUAAAAAACAGUUGUUCCUCUUGUACAGUAACUCCCUCAACUAACAACUCUAUAUAAAGAUACAACAAUAUUACAAAUUAUCAAAUCCCAACACUUAUAAAGUUUUGAGUUUGACAACCAAAAUCCCUUAUAUAUUAAAAGAGAU